GUAAGCAGCGCCCUAGAACGGGAGUCUGGAAGGCAGGCAGCUCUUCAAUUAAUUGAAGCAUUCAAAACUCCUUAAUCAGUGGACGCCAUGCAUAGGAAGCACCUUCAGGAGAUUCCGGACCAGAGUAGCAACGUCACCACCAGCUUCACGUGGGGAUGGGAUUCCAGCAAGACUUCUGAACUGCUGUCAGGCAUGGGUGUCUCUGCCUUGGAGAAGGAGGAGGUGGACAGUGAGAACAUCCCACAUGGACUGCUCUCAAACCUCGGCCACCCCCAGAGCCCUCCAAGGAAAAGGCUAAAGAGCAAAGGGAGUGACAAAGACUUUGUGAUCAUUCGUCGGCCUAAGCUCAAUCGAGAGAACUUUCCAGGUGUUUCCUGGGACUCCCUUCCAGAUGAGCUGCUCCUGGGAAUCUUUUCCUGUCUGUGCCUCCCUGAGCUUUUGAGAGUCUCUGGAGUUUGCAAGAGGUGGUACCGCCUCUCGCUCGAUGAGUCUCUCUGGCAGUCCCUAGACCUCGCAGGCAAAAAUCUGCACCCAGACGUGACAGUGCGCCUGCUCUCUCGAGGAGUCGUGGCCUUCCGCUGCCCACGGUCGUUUAUGGAGCAGCCACUGGGCGAAAGCUUCAGCUCUUUCCGUGUACAGCACAUGGACCUGUCGAACUCAGUUAUAAAUGUGUCAAACCUCCACGGGAUUCUGUCCGAGUGCUCCAAGCUGCAGAAUCUGAGUCUGGAAGGCCUGCAGCUUUCAGAUCCCAUUGUCACUACUCUUGCGCAGAAUGAAAACUUGGUGCGACUGAACCUUUGUGGGUGCUCUGGAUUUUCUGAGUCUGCCGUGGCCACCCUGCUGAGCAGCUGCUCCAGACUGGAUGAACUGAACCUCUCCUGGUGCUUUGACUUCACUGAGAAGCAUGUGCAAGCGGCCGUGGCACAUUUACCAGAUACGCUCACCCAGCUGAACCUCAGCGGCUACCGAAAGAACCUCCAGAAAACAGAUCUUUGUACCCUAAUUAAACGAUGCCCCAACCUCGUCCGCCUCGACUUAAGUGACAGUAUCAUGCUGAAGAAUGACUGCUUUCCAGAAUUUUUUCAACUCAACUACCUCCAACACCUCUCGCUCAGCCGGUGCUACGAUAUAAUACCUGAGACGCUACUUGAACUCGGAGAAAUCCCCACACUAAAAACACUACAAGUUUUUGGGAUCGUGCCAGACGGGACCCUUCAGCUACUGAGAGAAGCUCUUCCUCGCCUGCAGAUUAAUUGUGCCUAUUUCACCUCCAUUGCAAGGCCAACUAUGGACAACAAGAAGAACCCGGAGAUUUGGGGUAUCAAAUGCCGACUGACCCUGCAAAAGCCCAGUUUAUGAAGUGCUUACCGCGAGGCUGUGUCUCCUCCUCCUCUGAAAGGAGGACACAGGCAGCAGAUCCAUGUGCUGGAGACCUUGGUUACUCUUCCUGUUGGUUCUGCCUUCGACUUCACAUUACACGUAUGUUAGGGAACCAUUAGAGAGGGACAGCCACCAAGUGUUACUUUUUCAGAAACAGAGCUGUUUCUGGCAGUGCUGUGCCCUAAGGGCCUAAGCGUUAGGUCUUUGGAAAUUUUUAGGUGAGCCUAUUAUUUCACAAUGCUUUUUAAAGCAAAAUUUGAGCCAACUCUUCUAAGUGCCCUUCUGAUUAAGUCUAUUUAGAAUCGAGGUUUUUAAAGUACCCCUGGCUAACAGUCUUCAUGGUGUUUGUCAUUUUAUCUAUUUAAUUACUCAGUAUUUUAUAAAACUUGACUUUGAAGAAUAAGCUAUAUGUAUGGUGAGCUGGACAGAAAGCAACAGAGGCUGGUAGCGUUGGAGGUGGUCUUUUCUGGGAAUUAACACAUUUCAGCUUCGUGUGCAGUAUGAGGUUAGCUUCACAGAGAGGAGCGCAGUCCUGCGUGGUGUACCGUAAACUCUAAGUGAGAAAAGACACAGACACACACAACCAGAGCAGGAGACUAGGACUGGUGCAGGAUUUGAAACCUCAAAGGCUGUUCGCGAAAACCGGGUUAAUAUGAAGUAUCCUUUGCUGUUUUUAGGAGCUAUGCUAUGUUUGCAGGAUCUUAAAUUAGGUAAGGAAACCCUACUCGUGUGCUUUUUAAACUUUAUAAUCAAUGUAUGUUACAAUCUAUGUGGGUUGUUUAGCUUUUUAAAAUGACUUGCUUUGUUUUAGGAAUGCGACAUUCUAGUCAGCACUCUGAGAAGCCGGAUAGAAUUCUGAGCUGAUCGGGCAUGCUGAUCGUUCGUUGGGUGCUGCAGUUAUUUUUAUAUUACUCUGAAAUCAAGGACUUGAAAUUCUUUUCAGUGAUCUUUUACAGUGAUUGCUUGAAACUGCCCAUUAGGUUACUGGACCUAAAGUUGUUAGGUAGAGCAGAUUUCUGUCCAUCAGAAACGCACAGGAAGCGUGGGCAGGUGCAGCCUCAGAGCGGGUAGCACGGCUUACACUUCACACGGGUCCUGAAGAAUCACUGGGCAUUAAACCUUUGGAUAACAGAUGUGUCUUUUUAGCACUUGAUACACAGAAGCAAAAGGAUCAAAUUGUGUUUCUUAGAAAAUGAAAGAAAAAAUUAAGGCAGUUACCUCUAGAGUAUUUCAGAGCUGUAAUCCAUUUCUAUUAACCUCUUCUUCAAAAACUGUUAGUUAACCACGUGAAGUGCCUCAUCUGCUCAGACCUACAGAACGUUUUAAGUGUCACACAAGAAUGGUCAUGCUUCAAUUCCCUAGUAGUUAAGAGUGCUAACUACUACUUGAAACUAUUGUUUACACAUUAGUGAUGGGCUGAUGGCGGACUCUGGUUGGACCCUGCCCUCCAGGUGCCCUCAGUCAGUACCUGCUCUUCCUUACGCAAGUCCAGCUGGGAGCUAUUUUGCCAACAUGUCGCAGCAAUCUGUAUUUUUGUAUGUGAUUUUUACUUUUAUAGACUGAUUUUAAAAUAAAGUACAUUUUUAUAAGAA